CGUCGAUACCACGCCAGAAGUGGAUAUAUCUUUUUCCACUGCGUCGGAGCUGGGAAAAUCUUACACCUCAACAAUCAAAGGCCUCAGGACAAGGGCAUUGACACCGAAGUAGCCGAGUGACCAGAGGCACAAGAAAGGGGAGGGCCACAGGCUCGGACGGGAAGUGAUGUCGGAGGGAGACGGGAAGCCAGCCCCGCCCUCGGCCCCGGACGCCAAGCCGGAGUCGACGGCCACGGCGCCCGUCACCCAGGGGGUGUCGUCCGUGUCCCCUCCGGUCUCGGCCGUGGCCCAGGCGCCGCCCGCCACCGCCACCGAGGACGAGGAGGAGGAGAGCGAGGAUGAGUCGGAGAUCCUGGAGGAGAGCCCGUGCGGGCGCUGGCAGAAGCGCAGGGAGGAGGUGAACCAGCGCAAUGUCCCCGGAAUCGACAGUGCCUACCUGGCCAUGGACACGGAGGAGGGCGUGGAGGUGGUGUGGAACGAGGUCAUGUUCUCCGAGAGGAAGAACUUCAAGCUUCAGGAGGAGAAAGUCAAAGCAGUUUUUGAUAACUUGAUCCAGCUGGAGCAUGUCAAUAUCGUCAAGUUCCAUAAAUACUGGGCAGAUGUGAAGGAGAACCGAGCACGGGUCAUAUUUAUCACAGAGUACAUGUCUUCAGGAAGCUUGAAACAGUUUCUGAAAAAGACCAAGAAAAACCACAAGACCAUGAAUGAGAAGGCCUGGAAGCGCUGGUGUACUCAGAUCCUGUCUGCUCUCAGUUACCUCCACUCCUGCGAUCCCCCCAUCAUCCAUGGCAACCUGACCUGCGACACCAUCUUCAUCCAGCACAACGGGCUGAUCAAGAUCGGCUCAGUGGCUCCAGACACCAUCAACAACCAUGUCAAAACCUGCCGGGAGGAGCAGAAGAACUUGCACUUUUUUGCACCGGAAUACGGAGCUGUAGCAGAUGUCACUACAGCGGUCGAUAUUUAUUCCUUCGGAAUGUGCGCCUUAGAGAUGGCUGUGCUUGAAAUCCAAAGCAACGGAGAGUCUUCAUAUGUAUCACAAGAAGCUAUUAAUAGUGCCAUUCAGUCCCUGGAGGACCCCCUGCAGAGAGAGUUCAUACAGAAGUGUCUGGAGGCAGACCCUGGUAAACGGCCCACAGCAAAGGAGCUGCUGUUCCACCAGGCUCUGUUCGAGGUGCCACUGCUCAAGCUGCUGGCCGCCCACUGUAUUGUCAGCCAUCAGCACAUGAUCCCUGAAAAUGCUUUAGAAGAAAUAACCAAGAACAUGGACCCCAACCUCGUGAUUGUUGAGGGCAAGGAAGGGGUUCAGAUGAAGCUUUCCCAGUUUCCAGCUCUUGAGUUGGAUAAGUUCCUAGAGGAUGUGAGGAAUGGGAUCUACCCCCUCACAGCAUUUGGGAUGCCCUGCCCACAGCAGCCCCAGCAGGAGGCGGUAAAGUCACCCAUCGUACCCCCCUCUGUCAAGACACCCACGCCAGAACCUGCAGAGCUGGAGACCAGGAAGGUACUUCAAAUGCAGUGCAAUAUCGAGCCAGUUGACGAAGGGGCAAAGCAUCAUCUUACCUUAUUACUGAAACUGGAAGACAAGUUAAACAGGCAUCUAAGCUGUGAUUUGUUACCAAAUGAGAAUGUGCAGGAACUCGCAGUGGAGCUGGUUCAGCUGGGGUUUAUCAGCGAGGGGGAUCAGAUGCGCCUGGCUUCAGUCCUAGAAGAGGCUUUCACCAAGUUCUACAGCCGCAACGGCUCCCUGAACCCGGUCACGGUGUCUUCGUAGCAGGACCGCACCGCAACCCCCGCGCCCGGCGGCAGGGCCCCUCUGCCCUCCCCCCUCGCAGCACGGGCAGGGCGUGGCAGAGGAUGAUGGGAUAGGUUAGCAGCGACAUGGGGAGGGGAGCCUCCCCCCCUUUCUCGGCCUAUUCCCAGCUGUUUCUCUGUCUGUCCUCCUGGAGGGGGGACAAGCCUGCCUCCAGGUCCUCUUCUUUUCUUUCUCAGUGUAGACUUCUGCCUCUGUGUUCAAAAAAAAAUAAUAAAUCAAUAAAAAACAACAAAAAAACUACAAAAACCCAAAACCGACAGUUCUAAUUAAAGUCAGUAUUACAAGCUGUAUUUGAAAGCUGUUUUUGCCUACCUGUGCAGCGGUUUGGUAGCUGUAUGUUAUCGAGCACAGCCUUGUUCUCUGUUCUCACCAACAAUAUGCAUGGUCUCUCUGCGCUGAAUCCUCUUCACUCCUUCAAACUGCAUCAGGUGUGCAAUUUUAGCUUUGUGCUCUUUAUCUCUCUCUCACUCUCACUUAGUUUACACUUAAGUUUCCACCACCCUUCUCCCUCUCACUCAGAAUCAGUUCCCCUUUUGAAGCGUCAUGUUAUAAAGGUGUCAUAAUAUAUCUUUUUUUUUUUUUUUUUAAUCUAUUGUAUUUUUUAUGAACAAAAAAAGCGUUUACUGUGGUCUUAAUUAACCACGUACCCAAUGAGUCUGAGCCAGGAUUGGGAAUGGGAGACUAUCACGGGCAGAGAUAAUAAAAAGAAUGAAAAAAAAAUCAAUUUGGUCUGUCUGUUACGUACAUAAUCCACUUAUCUGAAGGCUGGAGUUUCAACUCAGAAGUUGCUAGGGGGGGUUUCUUUUUCUGUGAAUGUAGGUUUCCAAUUGCUGAAUAACUUGCUAUGUAUCAGAAAUUUCUAGAAGAAAUGCACUUAACUUGACCAUUGUCUGUUUCUCAUUGAUAUUUAAAAUCCUUUGCUCUCCGCAGCGAGUGUAUACACAUAGUACUAUCAAAUCUAAAUCCUUUGGGCCUUUUGGUUAAGAUCACGUGUGGUAUUUUAUCAAUUUUAUCUGUGGUAUUUUAUCUGAUUUAUUGUUCUUUGCGGGGCUACAUAUACAGAUUUUUUUAGGAUGCGGAGCUUCCUCCAAUAAUUGACUGGUGUUGUAAAAACUCUGCAAUGCAUUGACAAUGAAAUAAACCUAACUGUAAUUCUUUGGCCAGAUUUACAGUUUCCCUGAUUUUUGUUUUAAUCCAUUCUGUUAUAUGCAGGUAGAUCAGAAAGAAUUUAAGUUUCUAAGUUAAGUCAACCUUCCAGUUGAGUCUCCAAGUCAGUUUUCCCAUUUAAUGUUCCAUUCUUUUAAAAGACCAUGGUGAAGGAAAGUGCUUUUUUUCCAGGAACAACCACAGGAACAAGAGUCGAGGUGUGCAUUCCAAAGAAAUGUAGAAAGUCGUGUAACAGCUGAUCAACGGAUCAGUAGUGGAGUCACCUGCCUUAUCUUUUUUGUUGUUUUUUUUUUUUUUGUUCUCCAAAACAGUCAUUUUGCUGGGAAAUAGCAAAGCACAGAAGCUUGAUCCAACUUACUGUAACUACUAACUUACUGUAAGUGUAUCGGUGACUUACUGUAAGCUAUUAAGACACUCAGUGACUCUGUUUACUCGUGUGCUGUCUGAUGGAAGGUCCCACUUGCUGCUAGUUUGUAUUAUUGUAGUAUUUCCAUGUUUUUAUUACUUUUACUCUUUUCCCCCUGCAAGAAGCGCUUCAUCAGUUUCUGUAGGGAGGGUCCACCAGCAGGUUGGUUGACAGAUAUGGUAGGCGGGGUGUCUUGCCUGUUGCCCUGGGUGAUCUGUUGAUUGGCGCACAAGGUGGAGCGGAUCUGUGAAGGCCUGCACGGGGCUGUGUUGGUCGUGUGUGAUUCGCUGGGCAUAUCUUGUAACUGCUUCUGCAACACGAGUCUCCUGUUUUUUAUUUGUAUCAUUUUCUUGAAGUAAAUAUGAGACGUAC